AUGCCUUCGCUCGACGGGCUUCCUAACGAAGUCCUACAUACCAUCGCCUCGUUCUUACACAAGAAACACGAUAUAGCUGCUCUCUCGCGCACGAACCGACAUUGGUACGAUAUCGCAAGCCCGAUCUUAUGGAAACGCGAAGUUCUAUCCGAUAGACCCGGCGCCCUGCACUGGGCCGUCGAUAACGGAGAUGUCAGAGUCCUGCGCCUUGCCCUCAAAGCUGGUGUCAGUCCGUCACGCCUAGCCUACACUCACAGACCCAAACCGCGUAUCGCCCCAGAGCACAAAUGGUAUAACUACCAUUCGAGUUACUACGACGACCCUAUGUGGAGAGUCCAAGACGACGAUCAAUCUGUCGAUUUAGAUGCCUCAUAUGUUUUACACGAUACGUGCGCUUGCUUCGAGAGUGGUUGCGACGACGGCAUCUUUAGCGACUGUAGAUGGGAGGCUAUACAUGUGGCUGCAAGCAAAGGACGGAUUGACAUGAUGGAGAUACUCCUUGACGCGGGCGCUUCCGUCGAUGCACCUUCUUGGGGUGUGUGCUUGUGUCGUCCCCAUUUACCUAUCGAAGCCUUCAGCGAGUCCCAAGCCGUCGAAGAAGGAGAACUUGAGGAUCUACAUGGAGGAAACUGGACGCCUCUGCAUGUCGCUAUAUGCCAUGGACAUCACGAUGCAGCAAAAUUUCUUCUCGAACGCGGAGCUUCGACAGUUAUAUAUCAAGGGAUUGACUUUGAGCUGGAUCCCAACGGCUUCUGGCGAGAUGAUGACGAUGAGGAGGAGGCUACUGAGGACUCAGGCCGGUUCAAGCUAACAGCCUUGCAUCACGCCGCGAAAGAGAACAUGUUGGAUUUGCUCAAGUUACUUUUGACCGAGAAAUAUCAAAAAGACAUCAACGUGGAGGGCCCUUUCAUGGGUACGCCACUAUUUCAGGCAAUAUGGUAUGGUCACUGGGACACAAUAGUUCCGUACCUCCUGGAGCAUGGCGCCGACCUCGACAGAAGGUUGAUAGAGACGCGGCUGACUCCACUCAUGAUGGCGUGCUUCUCGCGUCGCUUUGAUGACGCCGCCAAACUCAUUGACUUGGGUGCAGAUGUUAAGACUUUGUCAGCGCAUCGUUUUAGUAUUCUUCACCUAAUCCUUGGGUCUCGUCGAUUCCAACCAGAAGACUUUUUUGAUCCUCUUGGGCCUCCUCCGAAGCCCGUUAGCAACACAUCAGAGGCUGAAAUUAUUAGGAAGUUCGUCGCCAAGGGUUUCGAUGUUGAUGCGAAGGAAGCUAUUCUGGGAAUGACACCACUGAUGGUAGCGAGUGCAAGCUGCAAUACUGACGCCAUACAAGCGUUGCUCGAAGGGGGAGCCGACGUUAAUGCACAGGAUAACGAUGGAAUGACUGCGCUUAUACGAGUUGGCGAGACAAGCGAAGGCUCUGCUAUCCUUGGACUAUACGAUUCUGCAAAGAUGCUGCUGGAUGCAGGUGCAACGUUGAAGGCGUCGACGGCGACGAAAGAGAUCAUACCAUUGGCCGUUAUCUGCUCACGUCACUGUGAGCCCUACUUCAACCGCGAAUGGGACAGUCAACACGUCGCUUUGGCUAACUUGCUGGUUGAGUACGGCGCCGACCCCAAUGAGAAGGCCAAUGGCGAGGCCCGUCCAUUUGCUCAAGCUAUCAUGCAUGGGAAUCUGAACAUCGCUCAGGCGAUUCUUGAGAACGGUGGUCGGCCAGAGGAAGGCGACCUAGAACAAAUCCUUCAAGCAUCUGUCUAUGACUCAUACGAUGAUGGAAAGACAGAGUUCAUUUUACACAUCGAUUACGCCAAGUAUGGCAUGGCAAAGCCUUCAGAGGGGUUCUUGGUCGAUCUCUUGAAGACAGCGCUCAGCAUGCAACUCUGGACAAGGGCGGCGGACCUGAUGAAGUCGGUAGAGAUACCGAAGGAGCUUUACAAAGGCCUGAUCUUCCGCUGCUUAGAGAAGCCUUCGCCGAUGGCUGAUGAGCCAUCGAGUUUGAUUCAAGUACUUCUUGACCGAGGUCAAGACCCCAACGAGCUGUUCAAGGGUGAGCCUCCCUUAUAUUACAGCUUCAAGUCAGGCUCCUGCUGGCGGACGACACCGAUUCUGGUGAACGGAGGCGCGGAUAUUCACAUGCCGACAACAUCCAUGCCAGAUGGUGCUUUUAUGUAUGCCAUAACAAAUCACUAUCAACCACAAGCAUGCCAGAUCCUUGCAAAAUAUCCAGAUGCGAUGCAAGACAAGCCAGAAAAGCUGCAUUCUAAAUGCUGGUCAUCACUUUUCAACUGGGAGCCUCGCACUGGCAUUCUUUGCCAUGGACGGAAACUUCCUCCCAUACCCAGACUGAACUGGACUUUCACAAACCGGCUAAUUUCAGCUGGUUUGAGAACCGAUGUAGAAACGGAAGAUGGCAAGAACCUCAAGGAAAUUGUGGAGCAAGCGAUUCCAAGGAAUGAGGUCUUGAGAGAUGAAGGUCGAAAGGUCCUGGAAGCUCUUGACAUCGUCUACACAGAACCGUCGAUGUCAGACAUACUCCAUGCCACUAUCGGGGUGCUGGACGAUGAGGACCAUGAGAAUCUCGGAUACAGCUCUGUGAGCGAAGAGAUCGAAGAUCACAUGGACGAUUCCGAAGACAACUCAGAGUUUGAUAGCGAUGAGUACGAACAUUACAACUUUUUUACUGGCUUUAUGGAAGGCGAGGAAGACGAUGAGGACGAGGCAGGGGACUAUUCCGGACCUGAGUGGGAGGAUGGCGAGACUGAUGUCGACGACGAUUAUGACGAUGAGCAUACACCAGGAAUGCCUUUCUUUGUGCCUGGAUUACUCCUGUAA